AUGAUUGACUCGGAUAACCUCCGAACAGCCUCGCUGUACAUCAACAACCAGCUAUUAUCCCGCGGCCUUCUACGCGAUGGCCAGAGCAUUGACUUUGCCGACCCCGAGGGCGGCGAGGGUCUGCAGGGGACCAUGGGGAAGAUUAUGGGUGUGGUAAACGACUUGAUUUUGCGACGUGACCGCGACGCAGUCCACCGAGAAUCACUUAGCAAUACACUGCUAUCACUACGUGCCGAUAACCAACGCCACACAACAGAAACGACAAGAUUGUCCGAGAAACUCACAGAGACCCAGCGCAGGCUCGACGGCGCCGACGCGGUGGAGCGCACACUACGACUCCAGGUCAGAUCUACAGAGUCGACUGUCCACAAGCUCAAGGACGAGAUUGCAAAGACAAAGUCACUGGUAGCUCAAGGUCGUGCCGCCUGCGCCAACGAGGUCCGCAAGCGAGACAGGCAAAUCGAGAGCCUCAAAAAGGCAGUUAUUGACGCCGGAAGGGUGAGAGGAGGUAGCAAGAGCCGUGAUGUCGUUAGCAUCACGGUCGUUGGUGAGGUCGGAGCCGAGAUUGAUGGAGGGGGCAUGGGCCGCAGCAGCACCGACGAUGAGCACUACAGCUUGCGCAUGGAGACGAAUGAAUUCUUGACCGAGUUGGCAAAGAGUCUCAGCGAGGAGAAUUCCACCCUCCUGAACCUGGUGCACCGAACUGUCGAAAGUCUGCGCGACAUGAGUGGCCUUCAGCAAGCCGACAAUGACCACAUGAAUAUCGAUGAUCGCGGUUGCUAUAAUGCGCCUCAGGGACAUCGAAAUGCUGAGGAGUUGGCAUCUGAGCUUGAAGGGAUCCUCGAGCAUCUUAGGACUAUACUCACCAACCCUUCAUUUGUUCCUAUCGAAGAGGUGGAGAUUCGUGAAACAGAGAUUGCCCGGCUUCGCGAAGGUUGGGAGCGCAUGGAGGCCCGCUGGAAGGAUGCCGUUAACCUGAUGGAUGGCUGGCGUAGGCGCAUGGUCUCCAGCGGCAAGCCUGUCGACAUGGAAGAGUUGCAAAUGGGCAUGAGGCUCAGCCCGGUGCGCAUCACAGAAAGCAGAAACUCUGGCCCAGAUACGGACAAGCAUUAUCAGGAGUUGUCUUGCGUACAAGAAGAAGACGAAGAAGAUGGUUCCCAUUUCAACUCGGUCGAGUACCGAAGCCCCGCAGAGUCGUUGCAUCUUGUGCCUGCGCCAAGUCAUGAACAAGAGCCAGACGACGACUCGGAAUCUAGUAUAUUCCAGGACGAUGUUGAUAUGGAUGAGCUCGAGGUCGAAGAACCUAACGUCGAGGUUCUACAAGAGUCAACAAACAGUACCACCACAAGCUCGCCUCCGUUGCCCAUACCACCUCACUUGAGCCCUCUCAAAGACUCCUACUCAUCAGCCAACAGGGGCUCUCAGAACAGCAAAAGGGGCUCGCGUCGAAGCCGGCCAGGCGAUGCAACCACUGUCGCCGAGGAAACAUCAUUUGCGAUGGCAACCACUACAAGCCAACCACCAGCGCCCCCACCUCACGGCCCCCGGCCUCAGAAAUCCAGCAGAAGCUUGAGAUCAGUUGCAGACUCGCAAGAGCUGCUCAAGCCUUCAACUACAGAAAUGCAUGAAAGCACCUUAUUUGGAGAGUCAUAUGAAUCCCCGAUCCGGUCGAAUCCUUCCCGUAAGCUAUUCUCGGGCCCGGCGCCCAAGGCACCAGAAUUCGGUGCAGAGCAAAAGUCACUUUCAGCGCGGGACAUUCCUCGGUCGCAGCAGCCGACACGAGCGUCUAGCAAGAAACAAAUCACUGAGACGACAGUGUCACACGUCGAACCUCCCAAGCCAACAUCGUCCACCAGACCUAGAAAGGCUGCGAAGCGGACGGCAUCGGCACCCGACGCAACCAAGAAACAAGCUUCCGUCACUGGGAAGCCAGCUUCAAAGUCAACAGGAGCAAACUCAGGGGCAGACUCUGUAACGAGUGUUUCUCAUGAUCGGCCAUCAAGCUCAGCCCGGCUUCCACGGGUUGACAACCCACCUGUUCAGCCAAGCCCCAUCACUAUGGCAUCGAUAUCUGCCAAGCUCGAGGCGUCGGAGCGCCAGGCAGAUGCAGCUCGAGUACGGGCGAAGCUGAAGGCUGCGCGAACAAAUCGCAAGCCAGAGAGCACAAGCACUGUUCAAGAGCUACCUGUAUUGGACGAGACAAGCACAGACCCGGUAAAGAGAGAUGUUCCUCAUCCUGCAGCAGUACGACUAGUGGAGCCUGAGGAAGAUGAACUCGCAAAGCCGGACACGAAUAUUCAAAGCCGAUCGCCAAGAUCGGAAAAACGCAAGCGUGACAGGAGACCGAGCAAGGCCAUCUCCAGGAGAAGAAGCACGCUCAGCCCUUGGGAGCUGGAGAGUUUAAUUCAGGGCCAUGUGGAGGGCGUCCCCAGCCCAGCAAGGUGA